AUGCCGGGCCCGGGCAUCAGCGCCCAGCAGCCCGGGGAGGACCGGGCGGAAGGGCCCCGCCGCCGAGGUGACCGGGGCCGCGAGGCCGCGGAGUCCCGUGUUCUAGCAGCUUUUGGCUUCGAAGGCGGAACCAGGGACCUGUUGGGGGCGUCCCUCGGGGAGAGGGUUUCUCCGCUUCCUCCGUUCCCGCGGUUGACACUCCCUCCUUCCAAAGUGGGCCCCCGGGAGGGCGCAGGGCCGCUGGGGCGCUCGCGUUGCGCUCCUAAGCGCGCACGCCCAGCCGGGCUCCCUUUUUCUGCUCUCUCUCCCGCUCCCCACGCCCGGACCACGUCCGCCUCCUCUCCAGGAGAGGACCGGGCUCCCAAGCCCCUCUCCGAGGCGCGACUUUGGUUUGUUGCCCUGGGGACUUCGGAACUGUCCAGAAGGGAAAGCGGGUAUCGCGCGCAGACGACAAACUGGAGAAGCGGGUCGCUGGUCCUUCCGCCGCUACGUUGCCGCGCUCGCAGGUCCCGCCAUCCUUCCGCCGGGGGUGUGAGCGGGAACUGCCCCGCCCCUCCCUGCCCCGCCCUGCCCCGCCCCGCCCCGCCCGACCCUUCAGGUACCACACAGUCCCUGAGCGCGCGGGCCGAGACUCCGGGCGGUGGCCCUCCGGUCCCCGCGCAGCUGGCGAGUCUUGGUAGCUCAGCGUGCAGACCUGCGGGACAGGACUGCCGAGCCGGCGAGCCUCGCGGAGCUCGGAAGAAGAAACCGGGUUCUCUCCAUCAAGAAAUUUUUGUGGAAGUUCGAGAAAGUCAUAAAACGGCCAAGUCUCGGCAGCAGCGGUGGCUCUGGGUGUGUGACAGAAAAAUCCGUGGGGAUGGAGCGCCCUGGACACCGGCUCAGCGACGUCCUCACCACACCCCUGUUUGCUGUAACUUACGCGGGGAGAGACGUGUCUCGAGUGACGACCGGCUGGGUCUCCCAGUGCCUCGGACACUAGAGCGAUCCAAAGCCCCAAGCCUUUGGGAGGGAGGAAGGCCACGGUGCCACUGGCUGCGGCCUCUGGCCGUCAGCAGGGCUGUACCAUAAAGCGUAAACAGUUAACAUCACAGUCAGCGCGGGGAAACAGAAAGAAAGCCAGUCUUGAGAACUUCUUCCAGCAGAGUGGACCCCCCUCUCCCCAUGUGAAGGAAACGAUCAUGAAGUUAAACUGCAGGGAAAACUUAAGAUUCCACCACAAAGCCGGAGCAGCUGGUUCCAAGGUAGUGAUUCCACGCGCCCUUGCCUUCCAGAAGCCUAAAACCGGAACAAGUUUCCUUUCCCCUGUCUCGCCCCUCGGAGAUAGAUGUCUCCCAACUCCUUUCUGUGUGCAAUCCGGCAGCUCCUUCCUGUCCCCGGCAGGAGUGUCGCUGAAAUGCUUUACUCUUAACUGUUGAUUGUUAUCGCUCUGAUUUCCGCGCAGCCCUCUCGCCAGCUCCAGGACCCCAGCGGGACCCUGCUCCCCUCCCCUCCAUCCUUUCCCCGAGCCUGAGCCUCUGGGCAGUGGGCACUAGCUGCACAUGACCGCCAGCACCGAGCACCAGCACCGCGGUCCCCUCGUGCACUUCCCACACACGCGCUGUGGGGGUGCGACAGGGAUUGCCCCGCGCCCUGCUCU